UCAAGACGCUGGCUCAAGCCGGAUUGCAUCAAGGUGUCCACGGGUCUGUUGAUUCAUCGAACUCUCUCAGCCCGAGCGCCUUCAUAACUGAACAUGGCUCUCCGCGGGCUCCGCGCGAUUACCGUGCCGCUCGGGAUCGCGGCCCUGCUGGCGCCUGCCGCGGCAGGCCCGGCGGCUUGCGCGGACGCCGAGGAGGCCGACGACGUCGGCUUGCUCCAGUCCCCAGAGGACCGGCCGGCCUCAAUGGCGACGGCGGCGGCGGCGGAGGACUGCUCGGGGGGCCUGUUUGGACCAGCAGGCACUGCCUGGGGGGGCUGUCUGCGCGCAACCCGAAGCCCCACCAGCCUCCUACCCAGACCCCCGACGUCGUGUUUUUUCGCCACGUCGACCCCCAGAGUUUUGAACCCCUUUCCCGGGACCAGCUUCUCAUCCUAAGUCG